CGGGAGGCCGCAGUUGGGAGGAUCAUCGCGUAGACGAAAUGGAGGCGAGAUGCUUGUGAUAAUGCCGCAACGAGACGGAGUGCUGCUAUCGGCGCUGCUUCUGAAAGAAGGGAAUGCUCAGAACCAGUCAUUGACUGAUAUUGAUGAAACUGUUCCAUUCCUUUACAAUGGGGAGACACUUGAGUUCCUGUCAAUUGGAGUUCGUCUCAAUGUCGUGGAGAACGUAUCAGUUUGCCUCUUUUUUGCCGUAGACUCAAAUGAAAUUCUCCCAGAUUGGGACCUAAUUUUCUGCACCAAGAUCAUCGAACUAGCUUCACCGAUUCCGGCACAGCUACUUUCAGAAAAUAAGCUACACCUCCCGUAACAGCCACCUAUUGUUGAAAAGCACAAAACCAGGAGGAUAGUGAGAGUUGUUAUAUCAACUUCAGGUUCAAUUGUGCUGGUGUUGAUGUUCAUUGCGUGCUUUGGCAUAUAUCGCUACUUCAAAGAGAAAGGAGAUGAUCAAGCAAGACUCGAAAAGUUUCUGGCGGAUUAUGAUGCACUCAAGCCCAAGAUUCUCGUAUGCUGAUAUAAAAAGAAUUACAAAUCAUUUCAAGAAUAAAUUAGGUGAAGGAGCUCAUGGAACUGUGUUUAAAGGUAAGCUAUCUACUGAUAUUCAAGUGGCUGUCAAAGUACUCAAUAAUUCAGAAAUGACGGUAAGGGCUUCAUGUAUGAAGUGGGAACCAUGGGCAAAAUUCAUCACAUCAACGUUGUUCGUCUGCUGGGCUUUUGUGCUGACGGUUUUCAUCGUGCUCUUGUUUGAGUUUUUCUCAAAUGGUUCCCUACAAAAGUUCAUAUCUUCUCCAGACGACAAAGAAAAUUUCCUUGGAUGGUCGAAGCUACAAGAAAAAGCUUUGUCUAUAGCUAAAGGGAUCGAAUAUCUUCAUCAAGGUUGUGAUUAUAGGAUUCUUCACUUUGACAUCAAUCCCCGCAAUGUGUUGUUAGAUCAAAAUUUGAGUCCCAAAAUUUCUCAUCUUGGUUUAGCUAAAUUGUGUCCUAAAAAUCAAAAUACGGUGUCAAUGACAGCAGCAAGGGGAACCCUUGGAUACAUUGCACUUGAAGUUUUCUCUCGAAAUUUUGAAAAUGUGUCAUACAAACCAGAUAUUUACAGUUAUAGAAUACUGCUCCUAGAAAUGGUUGGUGGAAGGAGAAAUGUCAACACAAAUCAACAAACUUUUCGAGUUCUAUAUCCAUCAUGGAUCCAUAAUUUGAUUGAAGGAGGAGAUGUAAGUAUGUACAUAGAAGAUGAAUUUGAGAUCAGAACUGCUAAGAAACUAGCAAUUGUGGGACUCUCUUGCAUUCAAUGGUAUCCUAUAAGUGGUCCAUCCAUGAAAACAGUAAUACAUAUGUUGGAAGGAGAAGUAGAUGAAUUAAAAGUGCCUCCCACCUUGUUUGAUUUUACUACAUCAACCACUACAAGUAUCAUUGUUCCUGCAAGACAUUUGAAUUCAGAUUUAGAUGUGAUUCAUGAAUUAGAAUAAACAUAAACACGUAAUUGGCUUGCCAAAUAUCAAUAGCUUUUACUUUUAUU